CAGGGCGCUGGAGAGCCACCGGGGUGCGGGCGGCCCGCCCGCGGGCUCCGCUGGCGGCGCUGCCUCCGGAGGAGGAGGCCGCCAGGGCGUCUUCCGGGUGCCCGCCGGCGCCAUCCUCGCAGCGCCGCUGGAGGCGGUCGGGCCCGCCCUGUCCAGGCUGCAGUUCCGGCCGGCCGCCACAGGCGGCGCCGCCUUCGAGUGGGGCGACGCGGUCACCCUCGCGGACCUCCAGCGGGGCGGCGACGGCAAGAUGUGCUUCGCGGGGCCCGCGGGCCAGAGCCCCGAGCUCCCGGGGAGCUACCUGCACCUGUCGCUGCGCACCUUCGGCACGAAGCUGCAGGGCUGCGAGGUUCGCAUCGAGGCCCCGUUCAGCGUGGCCAAUGGUUGCCCUUGCGAGGUGCUGUGCUCGCUGGGAUUCUGGGAUCACCCGCGCCACCUGGGCUCCGAGACGGACGCUGCCGAUGCUGGGUCGGACAUCGUGAUUGCCGACGGCUG